AUGGCCGAACGCCAAGACUUGUUUGAGAGUUUUGCUCAUACUGAUUAUGAACAGUGGUCUGUCGCCAGGAAUUCAAUUCCUGUAUCUAAUCUUCAAAUAACUGUCAAUGAAAUCUCUCGUAAGUUGCAAGAAAGACCACCCAGUCAAUUCUUAAGCAACACCCAACAAAACCCGGAAGCCCAAUUGAAGGCCCUUUUGACCCGUAGUGGUAAAACCCUAGGGGAGGUAGUUAGAGAUGAGGUAGUUGAGGAAGUGGAAGAGGAGUUAGUAGAUGAAGAGAUUGAGAUGGAAGCUCCAGUUGAAAUCAAUCUUCUGUUCAUCGAGGCCCUUCAAUCCAUGCCUAAAUAUGCAAAAUUCUUAAAGGACCUUCUAAAGAGAAAAGAUAGGUUAGGAGCGAUCUCGAACAUCCCCUUGACUGGUGGGUGUUCCGCCGUUAUCUUGAACAAGGUCCCGGAAAAAUUGACAGAUCUGGGCCUUUUUAACAUUCCAUGCCUAUUCGGGAGUGACACCAAAUAUAGAGCCCUAGGUGAUUUAGGUGCUAGUAUCAAUCUCAUGCCCUACUCACUUUACCAAAAGCUAGACCUAGGAGAGUUGUCACCCACACGCAUGUCCUUGUCUUUAGCCGAUAGGUCAGUUAAGUAUCCUCGUGGCGUUGUCGAAAAUCUAUUAGUUACGGUGGAUAAAUUCGUCUUUCCUGUAGACUUUGUCAUCCUUGAUAUGGAAGCUGAUGAGAGAGUUCCUAUCAUUUUAGGAUGUCCAUUCUUGUGUACCGUAAAGGCCAUCAUUAAUGUCUUUCACGGUAACAUCACACUUAGAGUCGGUGAGGAGACAAUCACAUUUGAGUGUCUAGACUUUAUUAGUGGAGCCGAUCUAGUAGGUAAGGGUGAAGAAGAAGAAGUUGAGGAGGUUGUAGAAGAGUGUGAGGAAGAAGUUGGGACCACCUUUGUUCCCGAAGUGUUAGAGCUUAGUGAGGUUAGAGAGGGGAUCGAGAGAGCCCCAAUAGAAAAUCCCAUCCCAUUAGAGCGUCAGGUCCUCCCGUCCCAUCUAGAGUAUGAUUUCUCAGGAGAAUGA